GCUAAUAGCAGUAAAUAGAAGAGAUCAUCUGUUCCGCCUAAGUUGCCGUUACCACCUUCCAGUGGAAUCUGCUGCUUGGGUUCCUCUGACAACCCUAACCUCACAGUGACAUUCAAACUGUUCUGUAGCUGAACUUUAAUGCGAAGCUCUUCAAACUGCACGCAGAUAAAUCCAGCUCUUAGUCAAGUCCCCAUUAAGGAUUGUUCCUCUCCUCGGUGGCUUCUUCAGAGCUCUCUGCUACAGUUGUUUUUCAAACAGUUGCAAAUUAAGAAUGGAAUUCCAAAGCAGAGGACACUCCUAUGCAAUUCCAGAGAAUGAAGAAGUAUCACACAUUCAUCAAAAUGCCCAAGAUAACCAUGCGAGUGAGGGUGAAAGAGCCGUGUCAAAAUUGCAGCGCAGGCACAGUGACGUAAAAGUAUACAAAGAAAUAUGUGACUUUUAUGCAAAAUUCAACAUGGCCAAUGCUCUUGCCAAUGCCAUGUGUGAACGUUGCCGAGGAGGCUUUGCAUCUGCAGAGAAGAUUGUGAACAGCAAUGGGGAGCUGUACCAUGAACAGUGCUUUGUGUGUGCCCAGUGUUUCCAGCAAUUCCCUGAAGGACUUUUUUAUGAGUUUGAAGGAAGGAAGUACUGUGAACAUGACUUUCAGAUGCUUUUUGCCCCUUGCUGUCAUCAGUGUGGUGAAUUCAUUAUUGGUCGGGUUAUUAAAGCUAUGAAUAACAGCUGGCAUCCAGAAUGCUUCUGUUGUGAUAUCUGCCAACAGGUACUGGCAGACAUUGGAUUUGUGAAGAAUGCUGGCAGACAUCUUUGCCGUCCUUGCCAUAAUCGGGAGAAAGCCAGAGGUCUUGGCAAAUAUAUUUGCCAAAAGUGCCAUGCCAUAAUUGAUGAACAGCCGCUCAUCUUCAAGAAUGACCCUUACCAUCCUGAUCAUUUCAACUGUGCCAACUGCGGAAAGGAACUCACUGCGGAAGCUCGAGAACUGAAAGGGGAGCUGUACUGCUUGCCUUGCCAUGAUAAAAUGGGGGUCCCCAUCUGUGGGGCAUGCAGGAGGCCAAUUGAGGGGCGAGUGGUAAAUGCUAUGGGGAAACAGUGGCAUGUUGAGCAUUUUGUUUGUGCCAAGUGUGAGAAACCAUUCCUGGGCCAUCGUCACUAUGAAAGGAAGGGGCUGGCAUAUUGUGAAACCCACUAUAAUCAGCUCUUUGGUGAUGUGUGCUUCCACUGUAACCGUGUGAUUGAAGGUGAUGUUGUCUCUGCCUUGAAUAAAGCAUGGUGUGUAAACUGCUUUGCAUGUUCUACUUGUAACACCAAGUUAACACUCAAAAAUAAAUUUGUGGAAUUUGAUAUGAAGCCUGUCUGUAAGAAGUGCUAUGAAAAGUUCCCACUGGAGCUCAAGAAGAGACUGAAGAAAUUGGCUGAAACUCUAGGGAGGAAAUGAGAUUAUUUCAUCUAGCUCUGCGGAAUUAAGGAAAAGAGAUUGGUGUUCCGACUUAUUUUCACUGUGUCUAUGAAAGCUAAGCUUUAAAAAAAACCUCUGCAUGACUAGCUUCAUAUAAAAUAUAUGCCUUGCCACUGCACCUUUAACGUCUUAUUUAAUGCUCUAUCUACCCUUUAAAUUAUGUAUUCUAUGCUUAUAUACAUUUUUAGAUAACUCAGUCAUAAGUGGAGGAUUAAAACAUACAGUGGAAGAUUUAAAGCCUUUAAAUGCAGUAGAGGUCACUCUAUCAGAUCACUGGUCCUGAUCUCAACAGAACAUAAUCUAGCACAGCAUCCUCUUAUUUGGAAUCCUCCAGAUGUGCUGGGUUUUAAUUUCCAGAAUUCUCAACCAGCCCAACAGAUUAGGGAAGCAAAUUCUUGGCAAAUAGACCAAAUCUCAGCAUCGUGUGCCUGUCAGGGAGUGACUGUAGGAGCAAAUCAAAGUAGAAAUUUAAGGCAGGAAAUCUAUAAACACCUACCUGUGAGUAAGUUCUGCUGAAUUCAAUGGGUCUCAGCUCUGUAGCCAGAUAUAGGAUUACAUGGUUAAGUAUUUUCUAGAAAAGUUCAUGGGCUCAUAGCCAUAGUACUUACAAAAACAGAUGGGGCAAUUUUAUAAUUGAGAGUUCUAGUCCCACCUUAGCAUGAAAGGCAGCUGGGUGACCUUGGGCCAGUCACACACUCUCAACCCAACCUACCUCACAGGGUGGUGGUUGUGGGGAAAAUAGGAGGGAGUAUUAGAUAUGUUCGCCACCUUGAGUUAUUUAUAAAAAAUAAUAAAAGUGGGAUAGAAAAUAAAUAAAUAAAAUAAAAAUCAGACUUGUGUGUUAGAAGACAAGUAUCUCUUGUGGUGUGAGGGCUUAGAAGCAUAUUUUACCUGCUGAGAUUCCUGUCCUUUGAUUGUAAACCAUCAACCAUGGUGUUAAAAAUUGUGAGACCAAAAACUACAGAUAGUUUUUUUUUUAUAGGCAAUGAGUUCUUGUUAUUUAACCUCAGCAUGUGAACUGAUGAAACACAAUGGUUUUCCAAUAUUAUAUUGCUGUCGUAAGGAAAAUGGUAAUAAUAUAAGCAAAUAUUCUCAAGAUUUAGGAAGAGUUCUUAUUCUAUCAGGACAUCUUGUUGAUUUUGUCUGCUGGCUUAAGAGAAAGAUUUUAAGUUAUUGAGAUCCUUUUUUAAAAAAAUAGCUAAGUUGGCGGUGAAUUUUAAUGAAACCUUAUUUCAAACUAUCAUAAAUGCAGAAAUGGUUUGCACAGAAAGUUUCUGAUGACUGUAGUUGUUUGAGAACUGCAGUGAAUGCUUCCAGAUUCUGCCAAGAUUGAACGCCAGUGUGUGAAAUGCCAACAUAUUUCUGUGUCAACUAGAAUAGAGCUCAACUACUUGAACUUUGUGAGGAUUUUUCUUGGAUCCUCUUGUAUUUUAUUUCCUUGUGCCUUAAUUAUGCUGUAUACUUACAACAUUAAUCAAAAUAUUUACUCAUUAUGUUAUUUUAUUCCAAAAAUAUAUGCCUUGUAUUCUAAGAAGUGGCAUACACUAAACAUUUUGAACUUCGUUUAAAAUAAUGGAAAGUAUUAAGGAUGCAAAGCACAUUUUCUUUCCUUCCCCUCUUCAGCUCAGUUGUUUUUAAUUUUUACGUGAAAUAAAACCUGAACUUAUUUCAA